AUGGGAGAACUUCACAUCCGCUCCGUUCUGGUGACUGGGGCCAACCGGGGAAUCGGCCUGGGGCUCGUCCAGCAUUUCCUGGGGAUGCCGAACCCACCCAAGUGGGUGUUUGCGGCUUGUCGGGACCAAGUCACCGACCCCGCCAGCAUCAAGGCGGCUGCAGCCAGAGUCGGGGAGCAGACGGGGGGCUCGGGGCUGAACCCCAUCCUCAAGAGCUGGUCCUCUCUGCUGUGCUACCUCCAUGCACACCCCUAUCUCCUCUCCUCUCCCCUCCUCCGCUCGCAGGCGUUCCUGCCCCUGCUGAAGAAGGCUGCCCAGGGGAGCCCGGGCUCAGCACUGAGCUGCAGCAAGGCGGCCAUUGUCAACAUGUCCAGCUCUGCGGGCUCCAUUGAGGAUGUCUAUUUAUGGCAUUUUGGACAUGUUGUUUCAUACCGCUGCAGCAAGGCUGCUCUGAACAUGCUGACCAAGUGCCAGUCCCUGGGGUACCGGGAGCACGGCGUCCUCUGCGUUGCUCUGCACCCCGGCUGGGUGCAAACCGACAUGGGGGGCUCAGGAUCACAGAAGCCCCCCGUGACAGUGGAUGAGAGCGUGCGAGGGAUGCUGAAAGUGCUCUCCUCCCUCUCUGAGAAGGAGACUGGGACCUUCCUGGACUGGGAGGGGAAGGUCGUGCCCUGGUGA